ACCACACAUCAGCCCCUCUCGAUCUCGAUAAAAAAGCCAAAUCAUACACAGCAUUCAACCCGGAAUUGUUCGUUCCCGGUGAGAAAAAGAAAAGGGAAAAUCAGAAACCUGUUUGGAUCAAAGGAAAAUAAACCAAACACAAUGAAUACGCAAAAAUACUUUCAAUUUUAACAAUUUCAUCGUCGAGUGGUGGUGUUCGUUCCCACAUAUAUCCUUCUUUUCUCUCACUUUAUUUUAUUUUCGUUUUUCCUCAUGCGGCGAGCCAAGGCUACAAAGCCGAUUAGUCUACCACCAACGAAGGCGACUGAAAAUCCCUCCGAAAUCCGAUUCAGAGGUGUUCGAAAACGUCCGUGGGGCCGAUUCGCUGCGGAGAUCCGAGAUCCGUGGAGAAAGACGCGCGUCUGGCUCGGGACCUUCAACUCUGCUGAGGACGCUGCGCGGGCUUAUGACGCGGCCGCACGGUCCCUCCGUGGGCCCAAGGCGAAAACGAAUUUUCCGUUGACGAUUUCUUCGUCUAAUCAUGGUCAUACUAUUCCUGUUCUUUUAAAGCAUCGAGAGCGUGAGUCUCGAACCGGUUUUUGUAAAUAUGAGCCGGCUGUUCAGGUCAAUAGACCGACGAGUAGCAGCAUGAGCAGUACGGUGGAGUCGUUUAGCGGGCCCAGGGUGUCCAACCCUGUGCCGGUUGUUCCAAGGGUGCAGCGGAAUAUUGUCCAACCGGUUGCGCCGGAUGAUUGUCAUAGCGACUGUGAUUCGUCGUCUUCGGUUGUUGAUGACGGUGGUGAUUGUGUUUUUAGUUCUUCGUUCAGGAAAAUCCUGCCGUUCGAUCUGAAUCUACCGCCGCCGCUUACGAUGAUGGACGUUGCUGAUGUUGACGGUGAUGAUUUUCGAGCCACUGCUUUGUGCCUAUGAUGUUUUUCCCCUUAAUUUUAUGUCUCAUUUUAAAAGUCUUAUUUUAUGGGAAAUAUCAAUGAUUUCUAUUAGAAAAAAAAAAAUUUCGGGUACUUUGUGGUGGGUUGAAGAGGAAAUUUAUGAAAAAUGUCUACUUUGCUAGAUUAUAUGUAGACUAGUUGUUUAUUAUGCGAUCUAAGAUUUCUUCAACUCGAUGAAGGGCUUUUGAAUAUUAA